AUGAUAAUAAACUAAGGUACUAAGAAAGUUUAGACAAUUAAUAAGAAAAUAUAAAAGAAAUAAUUAGUAAAGGAAACUAAAAAGGUUGAACUUGAAAAUGAUGAUCAACAAGUACUAUAAGAAUAAUCUGAAUCAGAAGAAAAAGUCAGAAUCUCUAAUAUAGAUUAAUUGGAAGAAUAACCUGAAUAAAAUACAAAUAUGAAUACAGCCAUUUUAUCUGAUAAGAAAUUUACUGAUUUCAUACUUUGUGAACCUACAAAGAAAGCAUUAGAAAAGAUGAACUUUGCAAAAAUGACACAUAUUCAAGCUAGAGCAAUACCACAUUUAUUAAAAGGUAGAGAUGUUUUAGGAGCUGCAAAGACUGGUUCAGGUAAAACUUUGGCUUUCUUGGUACCAGCUUUAGAGCUUUUGUAUAAAAAUUAAUUUUAAUAAAAAAAUGGAACUGGUAUCAUAGUACUCACUCCUACAAGAGAAUUGGCCUAAUAAAUAUUUGAUGUUGCAAAAGAUCUCUUAUUCUAUCAUUAAAAAACUCUAGGAUUACUUAUUGGAGGUGCUAAUAGAAAAGAAGAAGCUAUUCGAUUAUAAAAAGGAGUUAAUAUAUUAAUUGCUACUCCUGGUAGAUUAUUAGAUCAUUUAUAGAAUACUAAAGGAUUUAUUUAUCAUAAUUUAUAAUGUUUAAUUAUAGAUGAAGCAGAUCAAUUAUUAAAAAUUGGUUAUGAAGAAGAAAUGAAUGAAAUUCUUAAUUUAUUACCAAGUGAAAGAUAAACUGUAUUAUUUUCAGCAACUCAAACCAAAAAAGUUGAUGAUUUAGCUAGAUUAUCACUUAAUUAACCCAUAUAUAUUGGAGUUGAUGAUAUUGCUUAAGAAGCUACAGUUAGUGGUUUAGAAUAAGGUUAUGUUAUAGUAUAGGCAGAUAAGAAGUUUUUACUUUUAUUUACAUUCUUGUAACUAAAUUCAGAUAAAAAGAUAAUGGUUUUUAUGUCAUCAUGCAAUUCAGUCAAAUUUCAUGCAGAAUUACUUAAUUUUGUAGAUAUGCCUGUUCUUGAUAUUCAUGGAAAGUAAAAGUAAAGUAAAAGAACAAAUACAUAUUAUGAAUUCUGUAAUGCAAAAAAAGGAGUACUUGUAUGUACUGAUGUAGCAGCAAGAGGUUUGGAUAUUCCAGAAGUUCAUUGGAUUAUUUAAUAUGAUCCUCCUGAUGAUACAAAAGAAUAUAUCCAUAGAGUUGGAAGAACUUGUAGAGGACUCAAUUCUUCAGGAAAAGCUUUGAUAUUUUUAUUACCUGAAGAAAAAGGUUAUUUGGCUCAUUUAAAAUUGGCAAAAGUUGUUAUGAAUGAAUUUGAAUUUCCAUCAGAAAAAUUAGCAAAUAUAUAAGAUUAAUUUGAAAAACUUAUAGAGAAGAAUUAUUUUCUUAAUAAAAGUGCUUUCGAAGCUUAUAGAUCAUAUUUACAUGUAUUAUAUUUAUAUAAUUUCUUUUUUAGUCUUAUUAAUCACAUAGUCUGAAAGAUGUUUAUGAUGUUAACAAUUUAGAUCUUGUAAAAGUUUCAAAAUCAUUUGGAUUUAAAUGUCCUCCCAGAGUUUCUUUAAGUAAAUUGAAUAUUAUAAUUUUAUCUAGAUAUUAAGAUUGCUAGUUCAACAAAAAGGAAAUAAAAAGUUUAAUCGUUUAUGAAUAAGAAGAAACCAGGAUAAUGGAAUAAAAAUUAAUAGUCAGACGGAAGAUAAUUCAUGAGAUGA